GUAGUAUUUCGGAUGAACCGUAAACGCAGCAGCUGGAGAGGAAGGAUCCUGUUAACCCUUCUGCUCUUAAGCUAACCGUUCUGAACACCCCAGCUUUGUCAACAUGGUCUUGGAUGUUUUUAUUCAGGCCAUGCUCCGUUUGAUCCCCACCUCCUAACUUCCUCCCAGGCGUGUUAAUCAUUCCUAAUGGAGUGUUUUCUGGAGCCCAGCUAGCCUCGCUGCGGACAUUGUUUUCCUCGUAGCAACAAACGGCUAACCAACCAGUCGUUGUGUUAGCGAACAUGGCGAUUGUGUCUGGCUCCUGUGCCAGGGUGAACGGCUCCAGGAACGGACCGUCCGUGUCCGCUACCACCGCCCCUGGGUCGGUGGGACAGUCCCAGCCCAUGAUAGCGGUGUGGGAGUGGCAGGACGACCUGGGCUACUGGCGGCCCUACAGCGGCCAGGUUAGCGCCUACAUCGAGCGGUGUCUGUCAGCGCGCGGCCACCGAGGAGCCGGAGCAACCAGCAUCUGCCUCGGACAGUCGGACCCCAGCCUGUCCCCCUACCUCAUCGACAUCCCAAGCUUGAAGCAGUUCCGGCAGGACACAGGAAAGACGCGCUCGGUGCGCCGCUCCAUGUUUGCUCAGUCCUCUGGCCUCGGCAGUGGCGUUUACUGGGAGUGGGCCAACGACGAAGGAAGCUGGACCCCCUAUGAAACUAGAACUUCCAUCCUUCUGGAGCACAGCUAUCAAGCUCGCCAAGGCACGGCGGACUUGGGCCCCCAUGGAUAUAAUUACAUCGUUGAUCUUACUUCUCUGGCCCAGGUCAAUAAAUCCACCGGGUUUAGGCGGCAGGUGCGGCGGCAGUGCAACCUGCCCUACCCUCUGGCCACCUCCGGGCCCCCGGCCAUCCCCUCCGCCCCCGCCUGCUCCUGCCAGCAGUGUUUGAGCCACAGCAGCACGGGACCUAUGCCUAGCCGCUCUCGUCAUUCCUUCUCUUCCAAUAGUCUGACCCGACCCACCCUCCAAGGGACGGGGAGGGUCGCCACUGCUCACCCUACUUCGGUCUACUCGCCCUACCCCAGAAGACCCCUCUCUGUGGGGGGAGUGUCUUGGGGCAGCCCGUGGCCUCCCCCGCCCUCCGCCGGACGAAUGCAGGCGCCUCAUUUGAGCGGCUCUUCAAGUGCUAACGGGUUAAGUGUUCCUUCCAUCUCCGUGCAGCUGAACGGCUCCACCAGCGUGAGCUCUGCCCUGGCAGGCAUGGCCUCCAUUUUGAUGUCAGCAGUGGGACUCGGCGUGCACUUCACCUCCGCCCCCCUCCCUCAGCAGCAGCAGCAGCAUCAUCAUCAUCAUCAGCAGCCUGCUCCCUUCGCUCUUCCUCCUCCUCCUCCUCUCCUCCCCACAGCCAGCAGGCCCCCCAGCAGCAGCAGCAGCAGUUCAGUUAGGAGAGCAAAGAGGCAGCACAGGAGAGCGUCGGCUCAGAGGUCUGAGGAUGUGAUUCAGCGCUACAUGGAGGUGGUGGCAGAGGUUCCAGAGGAGGACUGCAUCAUCUGCAUGGAUCAGCUGUCCAAUCCGUCCAGCUACGAGAUGCCGUCCUCAGAGGAGGGGGGCCAGAGCAUCCUGCCAGAAACUGUGGGGAAGUUCAUCAAAUGUGGUCACACUCUGCACAUGCUCUGCAUGCUGGCCAUGUACAACAAUGGAACAAAGGACGGCAGCUUACAGUGUCCAUCCUGUAAAACGAUCUACGGAGAGAAGACCGGCACGCAGCCAAAAGGCAAGAUGGAGAUCUACAGCGUGGCUCAGUCGCUGCCUGGACACCCCGACUGCGGCACCAUUCAGAUCAUCUACAGCAUCCCACCUGGCAUCCAGGGCCCGGAGCAUCCAAACCCCGGGCAGCCCUUCACCUGCAGAGGAUUCCCUCGCUUCUGCUUCCUUCCUGAUAAUGACAAGGGCAGAAAGGUCCUGGAGCUGCUGAAGGUGGCGUGGAUGCGGCGGCUCAUCUUCACCGUGGGGACGUCCAGCACCACCGGGGAGCACGACACGGUGGUUUGGAACGGCAUCCACCACAAAACCGAGAUGAUGUCCAACCUGUCGGGCCACGGCUACCCGGACCCCAACUACCUGGACAACGUCCUGUCUGAGCUGGCCUCGCAGGGCGUGACCGAGGACUGCCUCAAACCGCCCGCCGGCAGCGGUUAGCUCCCAGCGUCGCCCACUUCCAUCCCACCGCUAACCUCCGGCUCAGCCUUUAGAGCCCAGUGGGUUCCUGUGGGUCCAAACGGGACGAAAGACAAAAAGAUACAGACGGA